AUGGGUGCAAAAGACGGAGGUGAGUAUCUGGAUGUACAGAUCGGAGGUUCUAUCACCAUCCCAUGUCACUAUGAUCAGAAAUAUAUACACUACGUCAAAUACUGGUGUAAAGGAUUUUGGGAUUUCUGCAAAUAUGCUGCACGCACAGACAAAACUAUGGGAACUAAGACCUCGAUAUCAGAUGACCUCAUACGGAGAGUCUUCACUGUGACCAUGACUGAUCUGACCCCAGCGGACUCUGACUAUUACUGGUGCGCUGUGGAGAUAAAUAAAGGACCAGAUAUCAGGAUACAACGGUUCUACCUAUCUGUCACAGGUGCUCCAAGACUCUAUGUGGAGCAGCAACAGGUGACUGGAGUGGAAGGAGGGAGUGCCACUGUCUGUUGUUACUAUAGUAACACUGGAGAUGUGGCGUGGUGUAGAGUAGGUGUUCCUUGUGUGUGGUAUUCGGGGACUUUAGAUGGAGCAUUAGGAAGAUUAAAUCUGGCCAUGGAUGCUAAGAACAGAAAAGUCUUAACAGUGACUAUGAGUGACCUGAAGAUGGAGGACGCUGGCUGGUACUGGUGUUCAGUGGGAGACCUUCAAAUACCUGUUCAGAUCACUGUUAAACCACACUCAGUCACAACACUGAGUACCACCACCAACCACAAAACUCAUUCACCAGAUAAUCCACAAACAUCUUCAUCUUCAACUUCUGGCCCUGUGCUGAACACUUCUCAUCAUACUAACAGCUCUUCUGGUCCUGUAGAAGACAACGCCACCCAAGAAGUUGAGGGUAGAAAACAGAAGAAAUACCACCAACGGUUAUCACUGACUUUGUUUACAUCUUGUUGUCUUCCCUCUAUCAGGUUGGAUGAUCUGAAAAUCCUGUUGAUUCCUCUGGUCAUAUUACUGGUGUUGAUAGCUGGUGUCCUAGUAGCAUGGAAGAUGUGGAGAAAGCAUGGCUAGUAGUGUUGUUGUUUUUUAAAUUCUAUAUUAAAAUGUAUUUACAAAUGUAUUAUAUUAACAGACUAUACAUCUUGGGGUCCAAAAAUUAAUCUAA